UAUUUCUGCUUCCGGGUUCAGGGUGUUCCGCGCCUCCGGCUCCUCUCCUUGGCAGAUCGAGGUAUUCGCGUUGACAGCGCCUCCAGACUCAACCUAGGGCGGCUUUUAACUGCCCACCCGCGGGAGCCGGGGCUCCGCACUGACCCGGGACACGAAGGUGCUCCUCACCUUCCAGCUCAGCCUGGAGGGUCCCUGCGCCCCGAGCUGAGAGAGGUCGCGGGCCCAGCGAGGCAGCCGUGUGCGGACCUCCGGCCCCUGAGGCGGACCGCGGGGACCCGCAGCCUUUCGGCGUCCCAGAAUCGCUCGCUCCCGUCCCGGCUCGGAUGGGCCUUCCCACUCGAUAAAUGUGGCUGCUGAGGCGGCGGUGGCGGUGGCCGGUCCUGCUGCUGGUUGGCUCCAAGUUCCUCCCCGCCGCGGCGCUUUGCUGCCCCCCGGGGCUGCCGCCGCCAGCUCCUUAUCCCCUGGGCCUGGCCUUGCAGAGUGGCGACGAUGGACAAGAUCCUGGAAGGCCUGGUGAGCUCCUCGCACCCGCUGCCGCUCAAGCGGAUGAUUGUGCGGAAGGUGGUGGAGUUCGCGGAGCAUUGGCUCGACGAGGCGCAGUGCGAGGCCAUGUUUGACCUAACGACCCGCCUCAUCCUGGAGGGCCAGGACCCUUUCCAGCGACAAGUGGGCCACCAGGUGCUGGAGGCCUACGCGCGGUACCACCGGCCGGAGUUCGAGUCCUUCUUCAACAAGACUUUCGUGUUGGGCCUCCUUCAGCAGGGCUACCACUCAGUGGACAGGAAGGACGUCGCCAUCCUGGACUACAUUCACAACGGCCUGAAGCUGAUUAUGAGCUGCCCGUCGGUGCUGGAUCUCUUCAGCCUGCUCCAGGUGGAGGUCCUGCGAAUGGUUUGCGAGAGGCCGGAGCCAGUGCUCUGUGCCCGGCUGAGCGACCUUCUGACCGAUUUCGUGCAGUGCGUCCCCAAAGGGAAACUGUCAGUUACCUUCUGUCAACAGCUGGUUCGAACGAUAGGUCAUUUCCAGUGCGUGUCCACUCAUGAGAAGGAGCUACGGGAGUAUGUCUCCCAGGUAACGAAAGUGAGUACCUUACUACAGAAUAUUUGGAAGGCUGAGCCCUCCACGCUGCUACCUUCUCUGCAAGAAGUUUUUGCAAGCAUCUCUUCCACAGAUGCAUCCUUUGAGCCCUCGGUUGCCUUGGCAAGCCUGGUGCAGCAUAUUCCUCUGCAGAUGAUCACAGUCCUCAUCAGGAGCCUAACCACUGACCCAAAUGUAAAAGAUGCGAGUAUGACCCAAGCUCUCUGCAGAAUGAUUGACUGGCUGUCCUGGCCAUUGGCUCAGCAUGUAGAUACGUGGGUAAUUGCUCUCCUGAAAGGACUGGCAGCUGUUCAGAAGUUUACUAUUUUGAUAGAUGUUACUUUGCUGAAAAUAGAACUGGUUUUUAACCGACUUUGGUUUCCUCUCGUGAGACCUGGUGCUCUUGCAGUCCUCUCUCAUAUGCUGCUUAGUUUUCAGCAUUCUCCCGAGGCAUUCCAUGUGAUUGUCCCUCAUAUAGUUAACUUGGUUCACUCCUUCAGAAGUGAUGGCCUGCCUUCCAGCACAGCCUUCCUAGUGCAGUUAACAGAGUUGGUUCACUGUAUGAUGUACCAUUAUUCCGGAUUCCCAGAUCUCUAUGAGCCUAUUCUGGAGGCAGUAAAGGAUUUUCCUAAGCCCAGUGAAGAGAAGAUUAAGUUGAUUCUCAAUCAAAGUGCCUGGACUUCUCAAUCCAAUGCUUUGGCAUCUUGCUUCUCUAGACUUUCUGGAAAAUCUGAAACUGGGAAAACUGGUCUUAUUAACCUGGGAAACACGUGUUACAUGAACAGUGUUUUACAAGCAUUGUUUAUGGCUACAGAGUUCAGAAGACAAGUAUUAUCUUUGAAUCUAAAUGGGUGUAAUUCGUUAAUGAAAAAAUUACAACAUCUUUUUGCUUUUUUGGCUCAUACACAAAGGGAAGCUUACGCACCUCGGAUAUUUUUUGAGGCUUCCAGACCUCCGUGGUUCACUCCCAGGUCACAACAGGACUGCUCUGAGUACCUCAGGUUUCUGCUGGACAGACUCCAUGAAGAAGAAAAGAUCUUGCGAGUUCAGUCCUCACAGAAGCCUUCUGAAGGUCUGGACUGUGCUGAAACUUGUUUACAAGAAGUAACCAGUAAGGUAGCAGUGCCCACAGAGUCUCCCGGUACAGGUGACAGUGAGAAGACUCUAAUAGAGAAAAUGUUUGGAGGGAAGCUACGGACUCACAUCUGCUGCCUAAACUGCGGGAGUACCUCACACAAAGUGGAAGCCUUCACAGAUCUUUCGCUAGCCUUUUGUCCUAGCCCUUCUGUGGAAGACCUGUCUUUCCAAGAUACAGCUUCGUUACCCAGUGCUCAAGACGAUGGGCUAAUGCAAACCAGUGUCGCUGACCCAGAAGAAGAGCCAGUAGUUUAUAAUCCAGCAACAGCUGCCUUUGUCUGUGACUCAGUUGUGAAUCAAAGAGUAUUAGGCAGUCCUCCUGUUGAGUUUCACUGUGCUGAAAACUCCUCUGUCCCUGAAGAAUCUGCAAAGAUUCUCAUCAGUAAAGAUGUACCUCAGAACCCAGGAGGUGAAAGCACAACUUCAGUGACUGACUUACUAAACUACUUUCUGGCUCCAGAGGUUCUUACUGGGGAGAACCAAUACUACUGUGAAAGUUGUGCCUCUCUACAGAACGCAGAGAAAACUAUGCAAAUCACGGAGGAGCCUGAGUAUCUUAUCCUUACGCUCCUGAGAUUCUCCUAUGAUCAGAAGUACCAUGUGAGAAGAAAAAUUUUAGACAAUGUGUCACUGCCUCUGGUUUUAGAGUUGCCAGUUAAAAGAACUGCUUCCUUCUCUUCCUUGUCGCAGAGUUGGUCUGUAGAUGUUGACUUCACUGAUAUUAAUGAGAACCUACCUAAAAAAUUAAAACCUUCUGGGACUGAAGAAGCUUUCUGCCCCAAAUUAGUGCCCUACCUAUUAAGUUCGGUUGUUGUGCACUCUGGUGUGUCCUCUGAGAGUGGCCAUUACUACUCUUAUGCCAGAAACAUCACAGGUACAGAGUCUUCAUACCAGAUGUGCCCCCAGUCUGAAAGUCUGGCAUUAGCACCCUCCCAGAGUUGUUUACUCGGGGUAGAAAGCCCCAAUACAGUCAUUGAACAGGACUUGGAAAAUAAGGAAAUGUCACAAGAGUGGUUUUUAUUUAAUGACAGCAGGGUGACAUUUACUUCAUUUCAGUCAGUUCAGAAAAUCACAAGUAGGUUUCCAAAAGACACAGCUUAUGUGCUUUUGUACAAAAAACAAAGCAGAGCUAAUGGCGUAGGCAGUGACAGUCCAGCCAGUGGUGUCUGGGUCAAUGGAGAUCCACCCCUACAGAAAGAGCUGAUGGAUGCCAUAACAAAGGACAACAAGCUGUAUUUGCAGGAACAAGAAUUGAAUGCUCGAGCCCGGGCCCUGCAAGCUGCAUCUGCUUCCUGUUCGUUUCGACCCAAUGGAUUUGAUGACAAUGACCCACCAGGAAGCUGUGGGCCAACUGGUGGAGGGGGUGGAGGAGGAUUCAAUACAGUGGGCAGACUCGUAUUCUGACCCUGAGGAACUGAAAAUGUAUCUGGUCACAAAACAUCAAUACUGUGGCUGUUAAAAUGUCAGGCUGUAACCUAUAGCAUAUCUAUCUUUUAUUUUUCUUUUCAUUAGACCCGAAUACUUUGAGAAAAUACACUCAGUGGUUGUUUUUAUUUUCUUAACAAAAAUACAUCAUGGAAAAAAAAAUCUACCUCUUAAACUUCCAUUUGCAGUUAUGGUUAGACAUGCUUGGCCACAAGUAUUGAGAGGAAAAGGCAUACCUGCUCCCUAAUUAAGCUGCAUUAAAUUUGGUAGAAGGAUUUAAAUGGUGUAUUUUCAGUUGUACUGAACAAAAUAAUUCACUUAUCAUUCUUUAUACAAGAAUUGAUGCUAGAUAUAUCUUAAGAAAAAUGAAAUUCUUAUUUCUGGUAUAAUUACCCCAAUAUUAAAUUCAAGUCUUUGAAAAUAGUAGAGAUGGUGAGUCUCUGGAGGCGAUGCCACCUUCCACCCCAGCUGCCAGUCUCUGAGCUGCUGUCUCUGCUGUCCUCCGAGUUGCACUCCAGAUUCAGGAACAAGUGUCAUUUACACACUGGCAAGUGAAUUCACACAAGGUGCAUGACGCCGGAGGGCAGGGUUUUUAACUGAACUUUGUAGGAUUUCCAGUUGUCCAAGGACUUUAAAAUCCUGUUUCAGGGAGUGUAUCUCCUGUGUGUUUUAAAGGAGGUGAGUCUCUGUAUGUGCCUUGCAGUACUGUAAUUCAAAAAUAGGUUCUCUUUGGCUGCGGCGGAAAGUUUUCUAAAACAAAGCGUUAGGAAGGAAUUUUGUGCUAACAUUAAAAUUAUAAUUUUUUAAGGUAUUAGAUUUUUCAGAAGUAAAAUCUGGUGGUUCUAAACUAGUAAGUGUAAUGGUAAAUUUCUAACUCUUAGAAAAAUUCGGAGGAAAUGAAGCUAGUUUAAGUAAAAAAUCUUUAAUUGAUUUGUUACUUAAUCUUCACAUUAAACAUUGAUAACAUUUUUAGAGUUGUAUAUUUGGAUUUUUUUCCUUUGAGACACAUGCCUUACACAUAAAAUAUAAUCUGCUUCAUGAAAUAUUAAAAUGCCACACC